CUCCCGGCCGCCCAGAACGGCCGGAAGUGUGCGGGCCCUGGCCGGAUCCAGGAUCUGGGCCAGCUUCCGACGGCGUCCCUUGGUCUCGCCGCCGGCCGCCCUCGGGAGCUUGAGUCCUCUUGUUCCUCGAGCUCCUCGCGCCGAGGGCUGUGCUGUGUGAAGGCCAGACCCUUGUUCCCUGCUGCAUCCCCAUUGUGGCACCAUGCACCACCACAUGUGGCAGUUGUCCUGCACUGUUCCUAGAAGGAGUUGAACACACCACACAACUAACCUAUGAACCAAGCUUCAGGAGGACACUUGAGCGCUGUGGCCACCUCAGUCCCAUCCAGAGAACAUUCCAGCAGGUCUCUCAGCCAGGACGUGUGGAUUCCCGGCCACUAGGCCUCAUGGAGGCCGUGACGUUUGGGGAUGUGGCUGUGCACUUCUCCAGGGAGGAGUGGCAGUGUCUGGACCCUGGCCAGAGGGCUCUCUACAAGGAGGUUAUGCUGGAGAACCACAGCAGCGUGGCUGGACUAGCAGGGAUCCUGGUCUUCAAGCCUGAGCUGAUUUCCCGACUGGAGCAGGGGCAGGAGCCGUGGGUACUUGACCUCCAGGGACCGGAAGGCACAGAAGUGUCCUGGACCUCCCAGACAGGUUAUGCAGUUGAAACUGACGGUGAGCUGGCCUCUGAGGACAGGGGCAGUCUCAGAUCAGAAUCCCAGGUUGUAGGGAUAAGAACCCUGCAACGAGGUUUCCCGCAGAGCCCUGGUUUUGGAGACACCUGUGAUUCUGAGGUCCAGUUAGGCCUGCUGAGCAGUCCCAGGCGAAGGGUGCACCUCCUCCUCCAGAAUGCCCAGGGGAACACAGGCACUAUGGCUCUCUGCAAGACCUUCACCAAGGAGGAAACCCAGGGACCUGAGGAGCUGACUCAGCCCAAUGAAAGUGAGGGAGAGCAAGCAGAAGGAGCCACCCCCAGAUGUGAUGCAUGUGGCAGAAGUGUGAGGUGUACUGCAGGCAUUAUGGUGCAUCAGGGCAGUAACACACAGAGGAAACAAGGCCAGUGUCAGAAGUGCCAGAGACCGUUGCAGUGCUUCCAAGGCAUACGCCAGAGCCACUGCCAUGGAGAGAAGCCCUAUGUGUGUGAGGAGUGUGGGAAAGUCUUCAGGCUCUGUUCCCAACUGAACCAGCACCAGAGGAUCCAUACUGGGGAAAAGCCAUUCAAAUGCAUUGAGUGUGGCAAAGCCUUUCGCCUGAGUUCAAAGUUGAUCCAGCAUCAAAGAAUCCACACGGGAGAGAAGCCGUAUACGUGUGAGGAAUGUGGGAAAGCCUUUGGGCAGAGUUCCAGUCUCAUCCACCACCAGCGGGUGCACACAGGAGAGCAGCCCUACAGUUGUCCCGAGUGUGGGAAGGCCUUUAGCCAGCAGUCACAGCUUGUCAGGCAUCAGAGAACACACACCGGGGAGCGGCCCUACCCCUGCAAGGAGUGUGGGAAGGCCUUCAGCCAGAGCUCCACGCUUGCUCAGCACCAGCGCAUGCAUGCAGGGGAGAAGGCACAUGUUCUCAGAACACCAGAAGGCCCCAGCCUUGUCUCCCAUCAGAGGGUCGACACCACAGAGAAGCCAUUCAAGUGUGAUGCCUGUGGGAAGGCUUUUCGGUGGGUUUCUCGCCUUAGCCAGCACCAGCUGACGCACACAGGAGAGAAGCCCUAUAAGUGCAACAAGUGCGCUAAAGCAUUUGGUUGUAGCUCACGCCUGAUCCGCCACCAGAGAACUCACACAGGAGAAAAACCAUUUAAAUGUGAGGUGUGUGGUAAAGGCUUUGUCCAGGGCUCACACCUAAUUCAGCAUCAGAGAAUUCACACUGGAGAGAAGCCCUAUGAGUGCAGUGACUGUGGGAAAGCCUUCAGCCAGAGCUCAAGCCUCAUCUACCACCAGAGAAUUCAUAAGGGGGAGAAGCCCUACGAGUGUGUGGAAUGCGGGAAAGCCUUCAGCAUGAGCACACAGCUCACCAUCCACCAGAGGGUCCACACGGGGGAAAGGCCCUACAAGUGCAGCGAGUGUGGGAAGGCCUUCAGUCAGAACUCCACCCUGUUCCAGCACCAGAUCAUCCAUGCUGGAGUGAAGCCCUAUGGCUGCAGUGAGUGCGGCAAGGCCUUCAGUCGUAGCUCCUAUCUCAUCGAGCACCAGAGGAUCCACACAAGAGCACAGUGGUGUCACGAGUAUGGAAACACCCUGGAUGGCCCCAUGCACGUGAGCCGAAAAAGAGCUAGCAUUGUAAGGAAACUGCAUAAAUGUGAUGAAUGUGAGAAGAUAUUCCGAUGGCGUUCUCACCUUGUUAUACAUCAAAGAAUACAUACUGGAGAAAGGCCUUAUAAGUGCAACGAGUGUGGCAAAGCUUUCAAUCGCAGCUCAAGGCUCACUCAGCACCAGAAAAUUCACAUGGGAUAAGCCUUUUUCCCUUAUAAAUGUGCAUUAGUGUAAAGAAACCUACAGCCUUAACUUGAUUCACACAGGAUCAUUCACACUGGUGAGAAAUGAGGUUGGGAAAGAUUCAGAAUUGCUCUCUUAAGAAAGACAAGGCUAAUUCAGAGUUUCCCAUUCCAUAAUGUCUACAUUUCUGCCGACUCACAUGCAGAGUUCCUAGCUCAUGGUCGAGACUCCUCGCAGGCUGAGGACAAGUUGUGAGAACUCUGCACUCUGCCACAUGAGUAAGCACAGUUCUCAGGCUCCAGGAACUCUUGUGAGCCAUGGUGAGCCCGGAUUCGUGGCUCAGUUCCUGUCCAGCCAUAUCCCACAUUAGAGUGGCCCAGGAAUAUAGGGGUGCCCAGCCACUGUGGCUGCUAUGAGGGACUUGGGAACAAGGUGCAGGCCCCAGGAUGCGGCGGGACACUGGGAUGUCAUCUGUCCCCUGAAAUCCAAGACCUGUUGGUUUAUCUGGUGGUUGUGGGUAGUGACAAUUAAAUGACGUGAGAAUGCC